UUUGUGAAAAUUUCUUUGAUUGGAAUCUUGGGAUAGAUGAAUAUUCAAAUACUGGAUGUCUCAUCCCUCACUCAACAGCCUGAUUUACAAGAGAAAGAAAGGAGAGAAUUUUGACAAUGUGAAUGUUGAAAUGGGUUGUUUAAAGAUUGAAAAUAUUCUGUAGUUUGGAUGUCAUUUUUAAGAUGUAACUCACUGUUACAAUAAAUAUUUCAAUCUGUCUAAAAAGGUUGAUGUUAUGUGAUUCAUUGAAAAAAAAAAGGAAAGAAAAUUUUCAUUUUUUCCACAAAAAUGGCAAGCCAUACCCUGUUUCAAACAAGGACAAUGUUACGGUGGAGAUAAGUCAUGCUGGAUCAGAGGUUACCAAGACAAUGACCUUGGGUGGGUCAAAACCUGAAGAGGUCAAUUUAGCGCAAGUGUCCUUCACAGUUCAUAAGUCAGGGGAUUAUACCGUGUGUAUUAUGUUCUCUAGUCGACACAUCAAGGGCAGUCCUUUCACAAAGAAGUUUGAAGCCGGUCCAAUAGAUGCUACAAAGACUGGUUUUAUGAAUUACACAUCAACUGUUGUAUGUACUCCAGACAGUGCAUACCCACUUACCAUAGAAGCAAGGGAUUCAUUUGGAAACUUGGCAUCAUAUAAACCUGAUCAAAACAACUAUUUCAAAAUCAAAGUUACAGAGUGCGGCACAAGAAUCAAACAUGUUCCUACUACUCAGAUAUUCUACAAUGCUCGUCAAAAACAGUUAUCAAUGCAAAUCAAGAUGGAGAAAGUUGGUUGUUUCCAAGCGUCUGUCUCCUAUGGAGAUAUCAACUUGAAAAAUGGAGACUUCAAUAUUCUAGUACUUAGUACUGAUGAUCUCACUUGUGUAGAGAAAAAUAUAAGCAAGUCGCACAAUAUUUGGUAUGAGGCCAGACUGAUAGAGUGCAAUAAUGAAAAACUUUCUAAACCUAAGAAAGUAUUUAUUUAUAUUACUCCAAAGCAACUGAAGUUAAAGGAAUACUUUCUGAAGAUUAUAGGGAAGAGACUGUUUACAUAUAGAGUAUGUCCUUCUACAAAGUUUGCAUUUAGUGGUUUCAACAACCAACUAGGUAGUCCAAUAUUUACUAUAGAUGACGGAGCCCAAGCACCUGUUGUUCUCGCAGCAAAAGACAGAAGUAUCAUCGCAGCUACUUUUACCAAAUUUCUACUCAGAAAUAUAGGAGGAUCAGAGACUUUUCAAGACAAACAGACAUUUUUCUACCAUGAAGUGCGAACGUUACAUCAACGGAGAAGUUACAGUUCUACAACAUUGAAAAUUGACAGGAGCAAAUUGUUACAAAGUUCAUACAAAGCAACAAAGAACUUUGAUGUUUCCGACUGGUGUAAAAAUUUUGAGAUAAAUUUUGUUGGAGAAGAAGGUUUAGACUGGGGCGGACUGAGGAGGGAGUGGUUUGAGUCAGUAUGUACACAUUUGUUUGACCCUAACAUGUCAGGGUUGUACAGACGACUUUCAGAUGAUAGUCAGGGUUUGGUUCAUCCAAAUAACCAUAGACAUGAAGAUGAUCUCAAAAUGUAUGAAUUUGCUGGUAAAAUAGUCGGGAAAUGUUUGUAUGAGUCAGCACGGGGCUCUACGUACAGGCAGUCAUAUAGACAACUUGUUAAAGCAAGAUUCUCUCGGUCUUUCCUUGCUCAACUUAUUGGUCUCAGAGUACAUUAUAGGUAUUUUGAGACAGAUGACCCAGAGUUAUACAAGACAAAAAUCAAAUACAUAGAGGAGAAUGAUAUAGAAGGUAUGGAACUGACAUUCUCCGAGGAGGAGUAUAAUGUGGGCACCAAUGGAAAUGGUGGUGUAAAGGUUAUAGAUUUGAUACAAAAUGGGUCCAAGAUGGCAGUGACCAAUGAGAACAAGUUACAAUAUUUAGACCACCUAGCUCAGUACAGACUGGCUAAUGCAGUACGCGACCAAAUUGAUACUUUCCUGAAAGGACUCAAUGAAUUAAUUCCAGACAAUUUACUCAGUAUAUUUGAUGAAAAUGAAUUAGAGUUGCUAUUGUGUGGAAUGAGGAAAUACAGUGUUGCUGAUUUGAAAAACAACCACAUUAUUACAGGGUCUUCACAUGCAUUCCGUAGGGUUCUAGACUGGUUCUGGACAAUUAUCAGUAGUUUUAGUGAUGAGCAAAUGGCUAGACUGCUACAGUUUACCACUGGCUGUUCACAGUUACCACCAGGUGGCUUUGCUGAGCUGGUUCCCAAGUUUCAGCUGUCUCCUGGCUAUACAUACAAUACCUUACCCACAGCUCAUACUUGUUUCAACAACCUGUGCUUACCAGACUAUGAUAGUAUAGAACAGUUCCAUAGGUCUCUUCUCAUAGCUCUCAAUGAAGGAAACACUGGCUUUGGACUGGUUUAGAUGUUUGAACUUUAUUAGACUGGUUUAUGUGCAUGAAUUUCAAUCAGACUGGUUUACAUAUAUAAAUUUAAUGUUUACAAAGAAGUGAACAUUUGAAUUGGACUGGUUUACUGCACUAUGUGUAGUCAACACAUCUAUGAGACAGGAUUAGAGGCCGCAGUGUUUUAAGUGGAGGAAAUGGUGGAUUGAUAAACAUGUAUACUUGAUUAGGCUUACUUCAUACUCUAUCAGUUUGUGAAGAUAUGAGCGUGGUUCAUAUUACCUGUUGUAUAAUGCAUAUGACUUGUGUAAUAAAUCCCUAUACAUAAUGACAAAUCAGUCCAGUUACUUUUCCACACAAAAUUGAGAGAGAAAGAAGAACUACGUAUUAAGAAUGAGUAACAAUUUAAUUGUUUUCAACCAAGGUGUAAAAAUCAUAUUAAUUUAAAAAGAGUCACCACUUUUGAUACUUCCAAUGCAUUUAAUACCCAAGCAAAGCUAUGCGUACAAGCAUCAUUCUUUGUAUAUUUUGUUUUUGUUUUUAGACUAAAAAAGAUAAAAUGUAUGUAAUUUAAAUAAAUACAGUACUGUUUUA